UCUGUCAGAGGCGUUUACCGGAGAAAGAUCUAGAGAGAGAGAGAGAGAGAGCAGCAGCAGCAGCCAUGGCUGGUUUACAAAGAUCUACAGUUUCAUUUAGGAGGCAAGGCUCGUCUGGUCUUGUGUUUGACGACAGAAUAUUGGCCGGAGAACCAAUUCCACAAUCCACUGACAAAAAACCACAAGAACCAGAACAAAAAGAAGUAACUGAUCCCAAAGAUGUGAAGCCAGCGAGACCGACAAUCAACACCAUCGAUAGAAGCCGAUCCAACGGCGGAGCACGCGGCUACCGAACCGGAAAGGUGUCUCCCGCAAUUGAGCCCCCGUCGCCGAGAAUCUCCGCUUGUGGUUGCUUCGGAAAGACAGGGAAGACUAGUAAACGCCCUAGAGCUGGUAAGCGUAGAUUCCGAUAGAUUUCCCGUCCACUGGAGAUGAAAUAUUCCGGAGAGCCAUUCCGUUAUAGCCCUAUAUAUCUAUAUAUCUACCUAUCUAUAUAUAUAGUCACACUAUAUGAAUGUUCCUCCUUUUCUUUUUCGUCUGCGUUUCUGUUACUGUAUCAGUUUUCUCUGUUCAUUAGAUUAGUAAGAGAGAAGGUUUUGUGGGUUGGAUGUAAUUAUGUGUAAAUGGAAUUGUUGUUGGAAUUUUCUUUCUAAAUCUGUAGAAAGCAAAUCUUGAUCCCUUUUUUUUUUCUCUUGGUAUAUCUAUCUAUCAAUCUUUUGAUAGAA